GUCCUCCUCGAAUAUGGCGACUGCAAACGUGAAACAAACGCCUGGAGGGGGUUUUAAACUGCCCGUUUUGCAGACGCAUUCGCAAUGGGCUCAGAUCACGGCACAGGAACCAGACUCGCUGCGCGUUUCUGUUAUGGUGCUUGUUUUGGACUCGGAUUUGUAAUUACUGCUAUAACCCUUGCCGCAAUGUUUUGGAUCGUAUGGUGUUAUUUUGGUCUUGCUGUCCUUCAGAUAUCAGAUUCUCAGCGAAGGGCAGUGGUUAAUUAUUCACAUAUUCCAACUAAACCAUCGCCAACUCCGGUCACAGCGUCGCCAAGCCGGGCAACAACACUGCCUUCUCUAGAGACUUCCGUCAAUUCCAUUUCGAAGUCGCCUACAGUAGCUACCGUUCUCAGAGGUUCAAGCAGAGGUGAGUCGCAGAUCAGGUUAGAUAAAAGAAAGGAGUCCACUAUUGCAGAUUCGAGUUUGGCCAAAGGCGAUUUUGCUGCAACAGACAGAGCGCCACAGAAUAUCGCCAACCGAACACAAAGCGUUGUUAAUGGCAAUUCCACGUCAGUUCGGGUCCAAGAGUUGUCACCUGCUGCCACUGUUUCUCCAUAUGCUCCUCCAAGAGCCAGACAAGAUGACGUUGCAGAGAACGUUGGACAGAAAGCCGCUAUUUUGAGUGGGGAUGAAUCCUCUAAAGAAGGGACGAAUGAGGAGGUUAUUUACGCCAGAAGAGUAUCCAGUCCAACUACAGAGAACAGACCGACUGGUCCAGACGAGAAAGAGGACAAAGACAAGAGACCCGGACGUCGAAAUCCUCCGGACUCAGGAAUUGAACCUCGAUUGGAUAUUGCUCCUACUCAAGUUUUUGAUUCAAAGAGUACAAGAUCUCGAAGACCCCUCGACGAAGAAGGUGAUAAACCAACAAGAGAUGAGAAAAGAUCUCCUUCUAUUGAUUACACGGAGAAAGAUAGACCAGCUUCAACAAAGCGAGAUGAAAUUCAGAGCUCUAGACGCUCUGAUGAUGUACCACCUUACAGAGAUCCCGAUUUCGAAAGAGACUAUCCACGAAGGCCCCCUUCAAUCAUUGACAGAGAAAGAUCGAGAUAUGAUGAUGACGAUGAUACCAGGGGAUCUCGUAGUCGCUAUGACAAGAGAGAUAGGGGACGAGAAAGCGAUGAUAGAUAUUCUAAAGGAGAUACCAGAGUUUAUCCAGAUGGCGAUUUGAAGAUUCCUCUGGAAAAGGAAAGAACUGAUAGACCAAUAUCCAGAAGCGAUGAUAGGUAUCGUGAUAGGUUAGCAGAUGAUGACAGGUACAGGACAAGAGACGAUAGGUAUGAUGAUAGGUAUCCAGACGAAACAAGGAGACGAGGUGAUGAUGAUAGAUAUAGAGACAGAGAUUACGAUGAUAGGUAUCGGGACCGUGAUGAAAGAUACCGUUACAGAUCAGUAGAGGAAAGAGAGAAAUAUAGGGACAAGAUACCCGAGGACAGAUAUAAAUCUAUCGAUGAUAAAGAUACUGAUCGAUACAGAACAAGAGAGGAGCGAUAUAGAUACAGAGACGAAGACAGAUAUCGGGAUAGAGAUGAUGAUAGAUACAGAACUAGAGAUGAUGAUAGACUUAGGGACAGAAUUCCUGAAGACAAGAUAAAAGAUAGGGAUUAUGAUUACUUAAGUAGAGAUGUAUCGUAUAGACCUCGGAUUGACGAUGACAGAUACAGAGAUGAGGAAGAAUCUCGACGACGAAACAAAGAUUACAAGGAACCUGCCGUUAUAAGCAGAACUGAUGAAAUACCUCUCAUAGAAAGAAGGCCAUUACCAGUUAGAUCUGAAACAAGUUCUAGAGAUACUAGAAGAAGAGCAGAUUACGAACCUGAUGUCAUAGAUCGUCCACGACCAUACGCACGUGAUGAUGUAAUAAUAUCUAGAGCAGAAAUACCGGUAAGAUCUAUUUCUACCGAAGAUCGGUAUGUAGCUCGCGAUAAAGAUGAAGAUUAUCGAAGACCUUCCCGUAUUGAUGAAAGAGAUGAUAAAAUCGUUCCGACAAGAGUACGAGAUGAUGCGUACAUUUCUCGAUCGUCUUUAGUCGAUGACCGAUCCAGAGAUGAAACGUUCGUACCCAGACCUUCUGCAAUUGACCUCAAGCCAAGAGAUGAAACUAGAUUUUCAGAUGAGCGUAAAGAAUCGAGAUUAAGAGAUGAUAAAUAUUAUGACGAUGAUGAUAGAAUAAGAAGGCUUGAUGACUCUAGAAGUACAUUAUCCUCUCCUAGUUCAGCCAGUGGUACUCGUAAACUGACAAGAGGUGACAUUCCAGAAGAAAGAAGAGUAGACGCAAAAUACGUUGAUCGAGGUGAUGAAGUCAAGUUAGACCGUCGAUCCUACGCCUCAGAAGAUGAUGACAAAUAUCGUCGAAGCAACUCGAGAACAAGAAUACCUUAUGAUUACACAGAUCGAGACAGAAGGCCAACAGAUGAAAGAGACUAUAGAGAUGAUGAUAGGUAUGUGCGAAGAGGCAGUUCUGCGGAGGAUGAGUAUAGGCGAGACAGGACUAGAACUGAUUAUGAUACUGAUCGGACUCGCUCUAAGGACAGAUACGAUGACGAGUACCGCAGGUAUGAUCGGGAUGAUGACCGUUAUGGGCCUUUAAACGAUAGAUCCUCAUCGAGAAAGGCGGAAACAUACCCAUUAGAUGAUGAUGAACGUUACAGAAGGAGAGAAUUAGAUGAAAGAGGUAUCAGAAAAGAAAUACCUAUAAGAGAUGCAUCAGAUGACAGAAGAAUACCUACAAGGCCAGAAAGGCUCGAUGAUAGACCGAGAAAGUCAGAACCGGACGUACGUCCCGCAUUGCUACCAGAUGACCGUCGUUUCAUUGAUUCAAUUCCAGUUUCAAGAAAUCGUGAUCUAAUAGAUGCCUAUCCAUCAAGUUCAGAUUCUAGCAGGAAGCCUCCACCCAGGCUAGUUUCAAGCGCUAGAGAUAUUGUUUUAAGCUCUUCGAUGUCAACAACUUACUCUAGAGAACCAAGCGAUGUAAUUAUUCGGGAGAAAAGAUAUCAGAACUCUCAAAGCAGAGAAAAACAAUCAAGAAAUAGUGAAUCAUCCAGAGUGCGAGGAGAAUUAGAGACAGUUCAUUCAGAUAGAAUAAUGCCAGAUUCAAAAAAGACAGCUCUAAGGCUUGAAGAUUCCGAAGAAAGGCCACUGACAGCUAAAGAUGUCAUUGAAGCUGCGCUGCGACAAUCAGAUGUAUCAAGCCAAAACUCUAGAAAGGUUUUCUAUCCUGUUUUCGAUCCAAGAGUAUCAAAUCUGACAUCGCCAGAAAUUAUUAGACCAAGUGAACGAAGGGGAACAACAAUUACAGCAAAAAAGAGGAGGAAAAGAGUUGCUUAGAUGGUAGUAAAUGAUAUAUAUUUAAAAAAAAGUUUUUUUAAUUAAUUAUGUUCAUCAAGCCUCAGUGGCUCUCUAUUUUGAUAUCGAAUACGUGAUAUUCAGUGUGUCUGUAUUUAGAUAAUAUCUCAAUCGAUGUUUAGACGCAGCAGAACAUAUCUGGACUGAAGGAAAAAAUGUUUAAUUAUUACGAUAUGAAAUUAAUAAUUGGUGAUUAAACACCAUUACGAAAUAUAUGAAAUGAAACAGUGUAUGGCAUUGCUCAACAAACAUAAAUGAACUGUUAAUAGUAAACUUAACUUUAUUAUCAGGAUUGUAAACAGCAUGGUUGAGUAAAAUUGGGAAUAUUGUUUGCAUAAAAACAAGUUAUUUUCCAUCCUCUCAUUUGUUCUCAGAAAAACCAACAUGUGACACUUUGGUGUUAUAAAACCACAUUUUCAAACGAGUAUCUAUGGCCUUCUAGAAAAUCUAGCACUUAAGUGUCUGCAGUGUGAAUUGUAUUUUUCAGGGUUGGAGGAGAUUUUGACGUGAAGGAUAAUAACCCUGGAAAUUAUUACUUCUUCCCUUCAUAAGGGAUAAAUAAUCAUUACUAGUAUUCGAGCUUCUUUAGAUUGGAUAAAUAGAUAAUUUUUAUAAAACCUUUUUUUCAGCUAUGAUUAGCAUUCCAUUCCAGCUUGCUAUCAUUGCUUUCAAAAGCUUGUUGUGUAUAUUAUGGUGGUAGUUUUUAUAUUUUUACUUCUUUUCAGUGUUUAUCGUGUUGAUGACAUAUUGAAGAGACAUUUGUUGUUAUUAUACUCGCAUUUUGUUGUUAAUCUUGUAAUCAUUGUUAAUAAACAUUAAUGUUGAUUUUGUGCUGAAA